UCCACUGGGAUCAUCUGCGCAGAUCGCAUCUGUGUACCUUAAUUCUGCCCGGAGCUGUGACAUUGUUAUUACACCUACAACAACUCUCCUCUUGAUUAUGCACUUCAAGUGUCUAAAGUGCCCGUCUCACCUCUCAUCGCAGUAAAUGGGUAAGCUACCCGCCGUUAAACAACGCUUGAUGAGCAGGUUAGAGAGUAUCGUUGUGUGGCCUCGCUCUCGUCUUUUAAUGUUGUUGUAUAAACACAUGAUGUAUUUUAGUAUCCCUCGGAGGGGGUCUAGAGCAGAGGGAAUGAGAGAGCCCCUUAAGUCUGGACGCUGAUUGGUCAGGGAGGAUUAUAUCUGAUUUCACGCGCUGGGACUCAUUCAUAUCUGAUCAAGACAAGAUCAUAUCAGUUGUAACCAUUUCUCCAGCAUCCACGUGUGGCUCGUCUUCUAAUUACCACUGUUUACCCGGUAAAUGAUUUGACACAUUAGAGCCAGUAGCGACACUGGAUCUGUCCGUGGACUAUCUCACAGCUGAAAAACGUGUCAAAAGCGCGAGAAAUCUAGGACAGUGUCACGCUUGACAUCCUAAAAGUCUGAUGCGGUGCCCCGGCCUGCCCUAGGCCGUAUUUCUCAUCAAUUUUUCUGUUAGAGCAUUUCAUUGCAUACAUAGGCGAAGGCGGAGCAGCAUCUUUGUAUUAUAUGGUUAGUUUUAGUCAAACUAAAGCAGGGUUUCAGUGGACGCGGGAAAUCUCAAAGUGAAAGCAAACGGGAAAGAACGUCAUCUCGGCCGUUGCAACAUUCUUCCUCAAGGAAAAUAUCGUCAAGGGAACCGCAUUCCAUAUCAUUUCAAAGGAUCGACACAGGAAGAGGACAUAUUCAACCACUGAACUAAAGGAAAGGACCUUACUCGAUCUUCUUCAGAGAAAUGCAUUUUGAGCGUAUAAGCGGGUAAAUCAAGGAAGGCGUUUGAUACUUAAAAAGGAAGAACAGGCAAUUUCUUCAAAACAAUACACGACCUCAUCUUGAACAUCGGUGACAAUUUUGAUUCAAGAUGCCACGUUUGACAAACAUUCACGAGGACUCUCCGCACGGUUACGGACCAAUUCGAAAACUGGCCAUGGUUCAACCGCCCAGGAAUCCCGAGAAACCACUAACUAGCUUUACAAUCCGUGAUAUCUUAAAUAUUCCUUCCCGAAAAUCGGACAAAAGUGGGACAAGAUCACGAGAAUUCCAAGUGGGGAUCGUUCGGCCGUGGAAUCUCAGUCUAAAGGACCAAAAACGCGAAAGAGACUGGGAGUCGGACGAAGAAAUAGACGUUGUUGACGAACCGUUUAAACCUCAGCUCCGGGGUGGUGGCUUGAUGUCGCCGUUGGACGCACUGCUAAGGAUGGCAAAUAAGACUUUUGAGGGGUUGAACAACGGGGGAGAUAUUGCACAUGAUCUUUCCAAACGAGACCAAAUGCACCUUUUCGGCAAGUCACAGCCGCCAAAGAAGCGACGAAAGUCACGGACAGCCUUCACUAACCAUCAGAUUUAUGAACUAGAAAAACGGUUUCUUUACCAAAAAUAUCUAACGCCUGCGGACAGGGACGAAAUAGCUCAGAGUCUGGGACUCAGCAACGCACAAGUGAUCACGUGGUUUCAGAAUAGGAGGGCAAAGUUAAAGCGCGAUUUGGAAGAAUUGAAAGCUGACGUCACUCAUACGUCAGUUGUGAAGGAUGGUGGCCCGGAUGUUGUUGAUGGCAAAAAGAAAGCCAAAGCGGAUCAAGUUUCUAAAAACAUUUCUGUCAAUGUUAUUGAAAGGGAGGGACUAAGUUCAUCAACAUCGGAAUCUCCUGAAACGUAAUGGUUUAAAGAAACCAUAUUCGGGUCUAUAAUAUGAUAAUCGACUUACCGUGACUUUCAUGACAGUGCACAAAUUGCAUAGAUUUAAACAGAAAGCGUAUCUUUAAUAUAAAACAAUAUUUAUUGGAACAUACAAUGUUACCGCAAAAUGGGUAAUGAUGAGUCGAUUUUAGAUCAGGAUGUCUUAAAUAUUUUGAGCAUUUGAAAAGCUUUUAAAGGUUUUUCAGCGAAUACAAUUAUGCACGAUGUUCAGCGCCCAUGAACAGCGCCUCAAAACAUUUAAAAUGUUUCCAAAAGCGGGACUAACGACAUCUGCAGAUCGACAUCAAUGAAAGGUACAUUAUUCUUCAUCAUGAAUUGUUGAAAAGGUAUAUGCCUUGAAACGUGUUUUAAUACCCGUACAUGUAUA